GGCGCGGGCGGGUGACGCGUCGGGGCCCGUUGUCUGUGUGUGGGGCAAGGGGGCCCCGGGGGCGGCGGGGGCUCCCGGCGGGGGGCGGCGGUGGGUCGCGAGGGCCUGGACAUGGCGCUGAGGGGCCGCCCCGCGGGAAGAUGAAUAAGGGCUGGCUGGAGCUGGAGAGCGACCCUGGCCUCUUCACCCUCCUGGUGGAAGAUUUCGGUGUCAAAGGGGUGCAGGUGGAGGAGAUCUAUGACCUUCAGAGCAAAUGCCAGGGCCCCGUGUAUGGAUUCAUCUUCCUGUUCAAAUGGAUCGAAGAGCGCCGAUCCCGUCGCAAGGUCUCUACCUUGGUGGAUGAUACGUCUGUGAUUGAUGAUGAUAUUGUGAAUAACAUGUUCUUUGCCCACCAGCUGAUCCCCAACUCUUGUGCCACUCAUGCCCUGCUGAGCGUGCUCCUGAACUGCAGCAGUGUGGACCUGGGGCCUACCCUGAGUCGCAUGAAGGACUUCACCAAAGGCUUCAGCCCUGAGAGCAAAGGAUAUGCGAUUGGCAAUGCUCCAGAGUUGGCCAAGGCACAUAAUAGCCAUGCCAGGCCUGAGCCACGCCACCUUCCCGAGAAGCAGAAUGGCCUUAGUGCUGUGCGGACCAUGGAGGCAUUCCACUUUGUCAGCUAUGUGCCUAUCACAGGGCGGCUUUUUGAGCUGGAUGGGCUGAAGGUCUACCCCAUUGACCAUGGGCCCUGGGGGGAGGAUGAGGAGUGGACAGACAAGGCCCGGCGGGUCAUCAUGGAGCGUAUCGGCCUCGCCACUGCAGGGGAGCCCUACCAUGACAUCCGCUUCAACCUGAUGGCGGUGGUGCCCGACCGCAGGAUCAAGUACGAGGCCAGGCUGCACGUGCUGAAGGUGAACCGUCAGACAGUACUGGAGGCCCUGCAGCAGCUGAUUAGGGUAACGCAGCCAGAGCUGAUUCAGACCCACAAAUCUCAAGAGUCACAGUUGCCUGAAGAGUCCAAACCAGCCAGCAGCAAGUCCCCUCUGGCACUGGAAACAAGCAGGGCCCCAACGGCCUCUGAGGGCACCCACACAGAUGGUGUGGAGGAGGUGGCUUCUUCGUGCCCACAAGCCCCGACCCACAGCCCUCCCAGCAAACCCAAGCUGGUGGCGAAGCCUCCAGGGAGCAGCAUCAAUGGGGUCCCCCCCACCCCCACUCCUAUUGUCCAGAGGCUGCCAGCCUUCCUGGACAAUCACAACUAUGCCAAGUCCCCCAUGCAGGAGGAGGAAGACCUGGCAGCAGGUGUGGGCCGCAGCCGAGUUCCAGUCCGCCCGCCCCAGCAGUACUCAGAUGAUGAGGACGACUACGAGGAUGAUGAGGAGGAUGAUGUGCAGAACACCAGCUCCGCCAUCAGGUAUAAGCGAAAGGGACCAGGAAAACCAGGGCCGUUGAGUGGCUCUGGGGACGGGCAGCUGUCGGUGCUGCAGCCCAACACCAUCAACGUCUUGGCUGAGAAGCUCAAAGAGUCCCAGAAAGACCUCUCGAUUCCUCUGUCCAUCAAGACGAGCAGUGGGGCCGGGAGUCCAGCUGUGGCAGUGCCCACACACUCACAGCCCUCACCCACCCCCAGCAAUGAGAGCACGGACACAGCCUCUGAGAUUGGCAGUGCUUUCAAUUCACCACUGCGCUCGCCUAUCCGUUCGGCCAACCCCACGCGGCCCUCUAGCCCCGUCACCUCUCACAUAUCCAAGGUGCUUUUUGGAGAGGACGACAGCCUGCUGCGUGUUGACUGCAUACGCUACAAUCGUGCCGUACGAGACCUGGGUCCUGUCAUUAGCACAGGCCUGCUGCACCUGGCUGAGGACGGUGUGCUGAGUCCCCUGGCGCUGACAGAGAGUGGGAAGGGUUCCUCACCUUCCAUCAGACCGAGUCAAGGCAGCCAAGGGUCUGGCAGCCCAGAGGAGAAGGAGGUGUUGGAGGCCGUAGAUGGCAGAGAGAAGCCUGGGCUGGUCAGGCCUAGUGAGCCCUUGAGUGGGGAGAAGUACUCACCCAAGGAGCUGCUGGCACUGCUGAAGUGUGUGGAGGCUGAGAUUGCAAACUAUGAGGCCUGCCUCAAGGAAGAGGUGGAGAAGAGGAAAAAGUUCAAGGUGGGCCCUCUCUCCAGCUGCCUGAUCCUCUGCCUGCCUGUCUUCCCAGAGAUUGAUGACCAGAGAAGGACCCACAACUACGAUGAGUUCAUCUGCACCUUCAUCUCCAUGCUGGCUCAGGAAGGCAUGCUGGCCAACCUGGUGGAGCAGAACAUCUCGGUGCGGCGGCGCCAGGGGGUCAGCAUCGGCCGGCUCCACAAGCAGCGGAAGCCUGACCGGCGGAAACGCUCGCGGCCCUACAAGGCCAAGCGCCAGUGAGGACUGCUGGCCCUGAGCCUGCCACUCACUCUUGCCGCGUGGCCCUCACCAGGGCCCUCCCUUGCCCCACGCCCCCUCUCCCCAGUAUUACUGAAUAGUUCCAGUCAGAGAGCCCAGAUCCUGGGAAUGGGAGCCAGGCCGGGAUUCUCUGCACUGUGCCUGGGCAGGUUGGCCCCGUCGUGCUCUGGAAGCAGCAGCCAGAGGUGGGGCACAGCGAGCUGCUGCAGCUUCCUCCACAGCCGGCUGUGGAGCAGCAGGACCUGGCCUUUCUGCCUGGGCAGCAGAAUAUAUAUUUUACCUACA